AUGGGCCGCAAGGACCAAUGGAAAAGUCGUCGGCCAGAUGCAGGUUACGAUGGAUGGGGACACUCGUCUUCCUCCUGGCAGGGACCUGGUGCUGGCAAGACUUGGAACCAAAGAGAGGGCAGAUGGCAGCAAGAAGGGAGCGCCAAGCCCCUAUUCCCGUCCUUCGAAGAGAUGAAGAUCAACGAGAGGCAGCCACGGGAUGGUGCAGCAAGGCGGGAGCAGCCGGACGAACAACACCAGGUAGAUGCCAACGACAAGGACGGCUACAUCACUGGAGUGCAAAAAGCCCUCAAUGUGGUGCGGAAGGCGGAAGGCAGGACCCGGAAGCUCACCACGGACAGGAAGGCUACCGAGGCCAAAUGGGCGGAGUUCCAAGCCAGCCUUCGCGAGGCAUACAUCACAGAGAGGGCAAAGUACAAGGAGAAGAUGGCCAAGAUCACCCAGGACGAGGAGGACAACGCGGUGGCGAAGAACGAGGCCUUGGCCGAGCUGAAGGAGAUCAUGACCCAGCCCAAGCGUGCCCCAGAAAAAAGGGAGAAGUCCGCGGAGGACGCGGAAGCUCUAGCAGAGCUGGAGGCACUGUUGAGGAAGCCCUCGGAGGCCGAGGGUGGAGGUAUCACGGAGAUCCUGGCGGCGGCGGUCAACGACGGGGACUUGGACAACCACGACAAGAGACAGAAGAUCCUCCGUGCGAUCGAAGACCACCGGCGUGGCGAGGACGAGAUAAAGACCCCGGAGAGAAGAAGACGGGCGACCAUCGAAAGGACACCACCGGCCAAGAAGCAGAAAGAAGAGGCAACCGAGCUCCCUUACGACAGCAAGGACCACCCGGAGGACGUGAAGAUGGCGGAGCCCUACAUAGCCUCGCCGGCUCUACGAAGCAUGCCUGGGUUGGCAGCCGAAAGCAGCCGCUCCAAAAGCCGAAGCCGCAUGCCCAUCAAAUUUGUGGGCAGGGCGCCGGCCCGGCAGGACAGGGCAAAAGCCAUCUCGGCCAGGCUGGAAGCCAAGAGAAACAUGGGAAACGAAGAGGAGCAAGAUGCCGAGAGCGUGGGCGAGUCCGAGGACGAAGACGACGAGACCCUUGCGGGCCUGGUCCGCGGAAGAGGGGGUCGUAAUGCUGGGGAUGGCACGGACGAAACACAAGGAGGCUUGGAAGGAAGCUGGUACUAUGAGCCCGACGGCUAUGAGGGCACCGGCGCCACACAAUUUUAUCAAGCGGAUGCUCCGUCCUGGCCUUUUCGGCCCGUCCAGGACCAUGCAACCGAUCGACGUCUCCCACAACGGCACGGCCCCCCGGGAGGCCACGACCGAGGACCCCACGUCAUGGACAUAUUCGACGUGCAGGAAAUAAUCAUGGAGACCAUCCUCGAUUACACGCAGAAGAUCCAGUUUGAAGAUGAAGGCAGGACCGCGGAAAUUGCGAGGGCUGGCCUCCUGACAGUGCAGGCGAUGGCACUGCUCUCCCCAAUGGUUGCCUUGGCGAUUUACGCCCGCCGCAGAACCCUGGGAGACUACAAGAUGCAACGAAGAGGGAGCCGACCAUCAUGGCUGCGAAUCCUACUAGUUGCAUCGCUAUGGAGGCCUACAGCAGCGAUGCCACGGGCCUCGAUGAGAGCGAGCCAGACGCCAUGGCCCAGCUGCCCCAGGCAAUCCGACUUGGAACUCUGGGCGAGCGGUCAGCUCACAUUGCGCGAACAAUUCGCAAACGCUGAGAUGAGAGCGGCAGCUGAGGCGCCCCUACACAGUGGAGGGCGAUUUGAGGCGGCUGCGCCUAGAAGGCACCCAGCAGAACGCGGAGAGCAGUUGCCGGCCGAACUGGAGACAGAGGAAUGGAACUGGAUCGACGAGGAGGCGGAAAGGACAACGCACAUCUCCUUUUGGGUAUGUGCCCCGCUGUACGAGCCGGUUUCCUUGGAUAUAGCCCUGGAGUUUCCGAUGACCCAGCAGCGCAUGUACGAGGCCAUUGAGGACUCCAUCCUGGAUCUGCCCACUGGUGUCUUGGACAGAGUCAUCGCUGUGACCCCCCAGGUCGAUGAGCACUACGGGAGCGUGAUGCUCAUACCCAGCUGGGUGACUAUGUCGGGACGGUGGGCGAUCGUGAUUGAUGCCCGAAACUUCCAAUGCGGUAUAUUCGGGCACUAUGUGGACGGCCCCAUCAGCGAGCGUGCCAUCCUCCGGGCUGCCGGAAUGGAGCGGGGUGGACCAACCCAAGUCUUCGCCUUCGGCAGCCUGACACCGCUUGGCCCUGAGGACACAGUGCCACCGCAACAAGGAG